GGAUGAUUGGUAGAACAUGCAAAAAGUACCUCAAUUUAUUUUCUGAAACCAGAUAUGAUUUAUUGGAUAAUACAUGCUACCGUUAUAAACAAUGUAACUCCUACCCCUUCACCACAUAUUUGUCAAGAGAGAAAUAGAGAUUAGGAAGCUUCACAGAUCACAAAGAUGGCUGAAGAGGUGAUCCUUCUGAACUUCUGGCCGAGCAUGUUCGGAAUGAGGACGAUGAUUGCAUUGAAGGAGAAAGAAGUGAAGUAUGAGCACAAAGAGGAAGAUCUAUUGAACAACAAGAGCCCCUUGCUUCUUGAGAGUAAUCCUAUUUACAAGAAGGUACCAGUUCUCAUCCACAAUGGUAAACCAAUCUGUGAAUCUGUCAUACAAGUCCAGUACAUAGACGAGAUCUGGUCAGACAAGAACCCAUUACUUCCUAAAGAUUCUUACCAGAGAGCUCAAGCCUUGUUUUGGGCUGACUUUAUUGACAAGAAGUUGUAUGUUUGUGGGAGAAAGACUUGGGCAACAAAGGGUGAAGAGCUGGAAGAAGCCAAAAAGGAGUUCAUUGAAAUACUAAAGACUCUUCAAUCUGAACUUGGAGACAAACCUUACUUUGGUGGCGAUACAUUCGGGUUUGUAGACAUUGUUUUGAUUGGAUUCUACAGUUGGUUUCCAGCAUACCAGAAGUUUGGUAACUUCAGCGUCGAACCAGAGUGUUCUAAGCUGAUGGAUUGGGGAAAGAGGUGUAUGGAGAGGGAGAGUGUAGCUACAUCCUUGCCUGAUCCUGAGAGAGUUGCUGGAUACAUUUUACAGCUCAAGAAGCGAUAUGGGAUCGAGUAAGACAAGAUAGUAUCUCUGUUGUGUUUCAGCUCUUUUGUUGUGUUGUGUGCUUCUAAAUAAUGCAGAUUAUGAUCUGUAAAAGUGGAGUGUUGUUCUACAACUGAGAUGCUUUCUUUACUUCUUUAAAUCUUAAGCUUCAACGUUGACUUCUUUGAGAUCGUGAAGAUACUUGUGUCAUUAGUAUAAUGAUGUAAGCAGUGGC